GCUGCUUAUAGUGGAUAGAAAAUUAGAAAGUGCUCCCCAGAUUGUUCUAUUUUGGCUUUUAUAAAGAAUUGUUUAGAUCCUUUGAAUUGAAGAAUGUGUAUAGCUUUGUUUCUUUGGCAAGCCCACCCACUCUACCCUUUCCUUCUUUUGAACAACAGAGAUGAAUAUCACAACAGGCCUACGAAGCCAGUGUCAUGGUGGGAAGAUAUUGAUAUAGUUGGAGGAAGAGAUGAGAUUGCUGGAGGAACAUGGUUGGCUUGUUCAAGAGAAGGAAGAGUUGCUUUUCUGACCAAUGUUUUGGAGCUUCGUUCCCUUCCUGAGGCUAAAAGCAGAGGAGACCUACCUGUCUCAUUUCUUAAGAGUGGAAAGCAUCCGAAAGAAUUUGCAGAAAGUCUAAAAAUGGAAGCUCAUUAUUACAAUGGGUUCAACUUGAUUGUGGCCGAUAUUCCGUCGAAAUGCAUGGUUUACAUCUCCAACAGUCCCAAAGGACAACCAAUUACCAUUAAAGAGGUCUCUCCUGGCCUCCAUGUUCUUUCAAACGCCAAGCUGGACUCUAAGUGGCAUAAGGCACAGCGUCUUGAAGUGGGUUUUAAAGAACAACUUGCCAAAUAUGGGGAAGGCGAAAUACCUGUGAAGGAGGUAGUUCACAAGCUAAUGAAGGACAAAACUAAAGCCGAUAACAGUCAUCUACCUCAUAUAUGCUCUCUCGAUUGGGAAUUCAAUUUGAGUUCCAUAUUUGUUGAAGUAGAAACUCCACUGGGUCUAUAUGGCACUAGGAGUAGUGCUGCUUUAAUUGUAACAUCAAGUGAGGAAGUGAGUUUCUUUGAGGCAUAUCUUGAUGAGGGCAUGUGGAAGGAGCAUCUUAUUGAUUUCCAUAUUCAGAAGAUGACAAAAGGGCAUACAUAAUACUCCAAUUGGUGGAUAUAUCAAUGAAAUCAAUUAAAUAAAAUUAACAAUGAUGCUUUUAUGGGAAAUUAUUAUUUAUUAUUAAGAUUUAUGUGAUGGACAUCUCAUAUAUUGGACUACAAAGUGAAAAAUUAGACACAA